AUGUCAGGCAAUAAUGUUCAAGAGGAAGAUAGCAUAUUUCAUGUGAGCAACUUAUACAGCGAAACGGAAAUAAAGAAAAUUACCCAAGACUUUAUAAGUGAAAAAAUACGAGAACAAAAUUUUGAGGAGAUUGUAAAAUUUUCAAAUAUACGAAUUUUUUUGAGCAUAAUUUUGAUAAUUAUAGGAACGUAUUGCUCAAUAUUUGUUCAGUAUAAAAAAAACCCAAUGCUUAUGAUGCAACUAUUGGUGGCUUUUUUUGUAGUAUCAACAACUUUGAUUAUCUUUGAAUAUUUUUUUUUUGAUGAUGUUUUUAUGAUAUUAAGAGCUAACAACGGUUCCUUGGUAAAAUUAUAUUGUCGUUUGGAUGUGAAAAAAAGUACCCUAGUUUUGGCCUAUAAAUUAAAUAAAAACGUUUUUGAAACCCCAUUUGAAUUAAAAAGACUUUAUAAUGAGAACGGCUAUUUAAUGAAGCCUUAUGCGAAAAAUGUUAUUAUGAAUUUUCUUUCUGCUCAUGGACGAACAUUGAAAUUAAAAAACUAA